AAUGAAACUACAGUAAAGAGUCCAGAUAAAGGCUUUAACCCUUUCAGCGACGGGUUGAAGUCCAGCGCUGAUAGUGGACACUUUGCUUCUUUCUCUCACUGCUGUCGGUCACACACUCUCAACGAUGAUGGUGAGGCUCUGGGUUUGUCUCUUCCUGCUGGCACACGUUCAGUCCGAACCGCUUCCUGCUAAAAACAUCCAUCUGCUCACUCCAGAGGAGCACAAACUCGUCCUGAACCUCGGACAGAAAGGGUUUCCUCGGGACUGUUAUGAGCUGUGGCAGAGCUCUGGCGGUCAGGCUCAGGACGGCCUGUAUCUGAUCCGCCCCGGAGACUCGCCCAUCGCCGUAUACUGCGCCAUGCAGGAGGGAGGCUGGACGGUGGUGCAGCACAUCACGGUCAACAGCAGCGUGGACUUCGACCGCGGCUGGGACGAGUACAAGCACGGCUUCGGAUCCCUGACCGGAAACCACUGGCUGGGGAACGAGCACCUGCACCGGCUGACCCGCGGCCCGGCCCGGUACAAGCUCGGCAUCAAGCUGGUGGACAAAGACGCGGUGACCAAGACGGGCGAGUAUGAGCCGGUGCUGGUGGAGGACGAGGAGGCGCAGUACCGUCUGCGUCUGGGUCUGUUCCAGGGCACUGUAGCAGACGCUCUGACGCUCGACACCGAGAACUACCUUCACGACAACCAGCGCUUCACCACCAGAGACAGAGACAACGACAACUACUUCCAGAACUGUGCCCAGCUGGAGUUCCAGGGCGUGGCGGGCGGCGGCUGGUGGUACGACGCAUGCGCCGGCGCGAACCUGAACCGCAGGAACGUCAUCUACUGGCAGAAAGACUGCAACAAAGAACACCUGUGCAAAUACGCCUGGAUGAUGGUGAAGCCCUCAGAGCAGCUCAAAGUGAUUCGCUCCGGAGACUGUGCCAGAGACGAACUCUGAGCAUCCUCAGUUAACUAUAACGAGCUUUGUCUGAGGGAAUAAAAUGCUAAAAAUUAUGUUCAUCCUCA